AUGCUCCGCCAAGCCGCUCAAGGAGCUCGGUGGUAUCAACAUGUGGCCCGCAGAAGUCCGUCGAUUCCGUCUCUUCAUUUGCCACGGACACUUCUUGUCGUAACACGGCGUUCUGUUCACUAUGGCGGUCCUGACGAUAAGGUUCGCUUCUACGAGCAAGAUACGCCCGGAAGCAAAACAAGGAGGAAAGUUAAUCCCGAGGCAGAAGAGAGCGUCGAGCGGGGGGAAGUGGAAGAGAAGCUCUCCAGGGUUCAACAGGAACUGCGGAUUCUGGAAGAGGGCCCCUUUGGUCCCAAUGGCGAGUUUAUGAGGAGCUUGCCCGAAAAGGAUAGGGCCAUUGCUCUCGAAGCGUUACGGAAACAUGCGGUGCAAAGAGGCCAACAAGAUACCGACGGUGGACUUGACCAAGUCUUUGACGAGGAACUGGAUGAGAUAUUGCGGGAAGAGUUUGAGGGGUUUGCGGAGGAGGAGGAAAAUUGGCAAGCGCACAGGGAAGACGGCGAGGACGAAAAUCCAGUGGUCACAAAGCCUUAUGAGGUGGUGCUGCCAGACGAGGAGAGUCAUUCUUAUAUCGAUAGAUUCAACGAACGCCUGGACCAGUUCACACACAACAAAUCCAACGAACCGUUGAAACAGGAGUUAUGGAAAUGGUACCGUCGAUGCAAACAAGUGAUUCCGGGAUUCUUAGAAGCGGUGCCGGAGGAGGCUAGGUCUUUAGUAUGGGAUUCCCAGAUCUCCGGUCAGAUCGCGAAGGAUGCGCGAGCAGCGCAUUUGCAGACUUUGGCCGAAGAUGCGGCGAUCACCGGCAGAAACCUGUCCACUCUUCAUACUAUUUCGUAUAUCCAGUCGCUUCACGAGGGUGGCAAAACGAACCAGGCCUUGGAUCAAUGGGAGACAUACCAGAAUGAGCUUAGCCAACGGAAGGAGGAUCUGGAAGCAUACUGGAAACUCGGGGUGCGUCUUUUCGCAGCGGAGGAUAACCCUCAAAGGGCCCAGGACAUUGCUCUGGCUUUUCUAGCAAAUGACCAGACUCGCCAGCCUCGCAUUCUCAACUCCGUUAUUGUGGCCUGGGGACGACAACCCGAGCAGGAAGCAGAGAUAAAAGCUUGGGCGCUGUAUUUGCAGCUUAAGAUUUUUCUCGGUCCUGAUAUGACCAUGGAAGACUACGAUCAUAUUAGCAUUGGUCUUCUCAAGGCGGGUAGAUUUGACCUUGCUAUCGCUGUCUUCAAAGAUAUGAUGGUGACGGGCAAAGACCCAGCAGAUGAUUCGACCACUUUGUACAAAUCCGCGGUAGGAUUUGCAGGCAACUUACAUGCAUCCAGCAUUAGCGAGCGGCAAGUGAACAGAGUCUCACUAUCUACAUUGACUUUGAUACCUCGACGGUUCCAAAACCGCUUUUUCUACGCUAGUUGGAUGAAGAAACUGAUUGGUAUGGGAGAAGUGGACUCCGCGGCAUCGGUCAUCGAACUGAUGUACGAACGAGGCGUGAAACCGGAUUCAAAACACCUGAACGGUCUCAUGGCGGCCUGGCUCCGCGAGGGAAGCCCAUCAGCUAGGACAAAGGCUGAGAGCUUAGCAUGGACCAUGAUCCAACAACGGAUUGAUCUGGUCUGGGACCGGGAGAAAAUCCCCGGGCAGGCACCGCGGUUAUCGUUGAACCAGCAGGCGGAUCCUCGGGUCCGUAUACCAAAAUGGAUGCAACGAACAGUGCCACCGGGCAACAUCGAGACAUUCUCGAUUCUCCUCCUCUAUUACACCCGCAAAGGUGACGACGAUAUGACGGGCUACCUGAUCAAGCGUCUGGCGGAUGCACGAAUCAAACCGAAUUCGUACUUCAUGAACCAUCUCCUAUACGCUGAGCUGCGAAGGCAAGACCUCCGCACUCUCUGGCAAAAGUUCAGAACUAUGUCCGCCACCACCCAACCCGAUCUAGAGACCUACGCCUGCCUCUGGGACUGCGGCAAGCUACAAUAUGACCGCGGCCGCACAGCAUUCGAAGCAAACUUCCCAACCGCUCGCCAGCUGUUCGCCGACAUGGUCACAUGGUACACCAACCUCUCCCCGCGCGCCAAAUCCGCAACGCAGAACGAAUUCUCCAAAGACCUCUACGACCAGAUCAUCCGCUGCUUCUGCUUCUCCAAAGACCUCCCCGGCACCCUAGUAGCACUCCACACCCUCCGCACAACUUUCAACGUCUACCCAGACGACACAACCGCACGUUUGAUCAUCCUCCAAGUCUCCCGUCUAGCAAGCGUACCAGCCGAUACACCCAAACGGCGUCUCCGCCGCCUCUCAAGCACUCCGCGCAGCAGAGAGAAUAUCAACCAAGUCCAGCGCCUCGUCGACAUCCUGAGUCGACGGAAAGCCGCUGCGCUUGAAGAAAAGGGUCCGAGUCUUUCCAACAUGGACCCGCAAGAACGGAAUGAGUGUCAGUUAGAGAUCAUGGCUGACUUGCUGCGGAUUGUUAUGGGACGUGUGGGCGACCCGAGUGAGGUGGAAGGCUGGGUUAUGAGUGUUGCUGGUGAGAUGGGUGCUUCGGAUGUUGAUCUUGGGACCCCGUUGGGGGAGGAGAGUAGGUCUCUUCUGUGA